AAAAGUUCAACCCAUCACAUGAUCCAUACCACUGUGUAGGCCAUAUUUGACAGAGGCUGAGUAGUGUGGUGUAGUGCGUGUGGAGUCUGGUGGGUGAUUGUUCAGAAAAUACUCAGCAAAAAUGGCGUUAGGAGAAGAUCGUCCAAUCUACGGCCCUUUCUUUGGAGUAAUGGGGGCUGCAUCUGCAAUAAUUUUCAGCUCUCUGGGAGCAGCAUACGGAACUGCGAAGUCCGGUACGGGUAUUGCAGCGAUGUCUGUAAUGCGACCAGAGCUGAUUAUGAAGUCUAUAAUCCCCGUUGUCAUGGCUGGUAUCAUCGCAAUUUACGGCUUGGUCGUAGCAGUAUUGAUAGCAGGAGCUCUUGAGGAGCCCGCCAGCUACACUUUAUUUAAGGGAUUUGUCCACUUGGGGGCAGGAUUGGCCGUCGGAUUUAGCGGGCUGGCAGCAGGAUUUGCUAUCGGCAUCGUAGGCGAUGCUGGAGUUAGAGGAACUGCUCAACAACCACGUCUGUUUGUAGGAAUGAUUUUGAUUCUCAUUUUCGCUGAGGUGUUAGGUCUUUAUGGACUUAUUGUCGCUAUCUACUUGUAUACCAAAUAAAUUGCCCUUUGGUAAACGUGUUUCCAUCAGUCAUCUGCAUGAAAGAUUUUGUUCGUGGAAGUCAUCUUAUUGUGAAUCAUGCCUUCAUUGUGAGUUGACUUCCUACAGCAGCCACCUCGUUUACAAUUUGACACUUGGAUGAAAAGUAGCACAAUGUAUGUAAUGUGGCAUAUUUCGAAAUUAGGCAGUUUGGUGCUUCAGUUUGAAAGAAGCAGCAGUUCGUUAACCCAUAAAUCAUCGGAUAAUUUUGUUACUUUGUAUAUACUCUAUGAAAACCUUUUUUUUUUGAAACUGUUUGAUGUAUAUAACUGUUGAAACUGCACAAUCGUUUUGUUUAAAACUGUGCUCGUAUCAAAAGUUGUAGAGAUUUUUUUUGCAAAAAGCUGCAGUGUUUUACAUGGGCAUGUUAAUUAUUUGGUGCAAAAUGGUAUUAAUGUUAUCGACUUUGAAAAAAUUGAAUAAAUAAAUUGUGGUGUCUUUAGUCAGGGUGUGAAAUAGCAUAGAAUCAUUAAGACUCAGUGAACGCGGUUUACAUUCCAUUAAGUCAUUAGGUGUUAAUUUAUCGUCACUGACAUUGCCAGGGAAGACAGUUACUUGAGGCAAUUUGUACAUGCUGAAGGACCUGUGAUAUUAUUUUACUUAUUGGUCCCUGGUAGUUUAAAAGUUCAGUAUUUAUAUUGGACACAAAUUCUGCCCCAGUUAUUGAUGCUGGUGUAGUAUUUGUGGCAACUGAUAUGGCAUGUUCUAUGAGAAAGGUCACCAGAGGAAAAUUGUGCCUGCCCAAGUAAUCUUUCUUUGAUAUGCAGACGUUGUUUGAAUCUCCACUAUACAUUAAGCAUAUGUGUGAAUAUGUAGUAUAGUGUGUGUGUGUGUGUGUGUGUGUGUGUGUGUGUGUGUGUGUGUCUCAGAAUGAUAUAGUCAAUGAAUUGUAUGUAUAGGUAGUGUAAUUUCAAACUGCAUCUUAUUUGUACAUGUUGGUAAUAGUGAAAAUGUAUUUAACUUGGGUGAAGGCUGAACAUUUUCAUUCCAGUAGUUGAGAUUAGAUUUUUUUGAAUGUAAAUAAAUCAAGAUUUCCUUGUAAAGUGCCCUUUUUAAUUUUUGUGUAAUUGGAGCCAUAUGGUCUUUUUUUUUCCAAAGUAAAGCCUUCAAAAUCCCUGUUCAGAGCAGUUAAGAUUUUAGCAUUGUACAAUAGUGUUAAAUUGAGACAGCAUUGGGAAUUGUGUAUGUGACAAUGCUUACUAAAAACAUUAGCAACUUUGUAUGAAAGUGUGAGCCGUUAAAUAUUGGAUACCUAACUGUUGUGUAAAUACAGACUACUUGGAAUUUAAA